GGUCGGCCCCGGCAAGAUGGCGGCCCCCUUGGAGCUCAGUUGCUGGGGAGGCGGCUGGGGGCUCCCGUCGGUGCACAGCGACUCCCUGGUGGUGAUGGCUUACGCCAAAUUUUCUGGUGCACCCCUGAAAGUCAAUGUCAUAGAUAACACCUGGAGAGGUUCAAGAGGAGAGGUACCAGUUUUGACAACUGAAGACAAUACUAUUUCUCAGCCGGCAAAAAUACUAAACUUUUUAAGAAAACAGAAAUACAAUGCUGAUUAUGAACUUUCAGCAAAACAAGGGGCAGAUACGCUAGCUUACAUUGCUCUUCUUGAAGAGAAGCUUCUUCCUGCAGUGUGUUUUUUCCCCCUCCUUUUGCAGCUUCACACAUUCUGGGUUGAGAGUGACAAUUACUUUACUGUGACAAAGCCAUGGUUUGCUUCACGAAUGCCUUUUCCCUUGAGUUUGAUCCUGCCUGGAAGAAUGUCUAAGGGAGCGCUGAAUAGGAUUCUCCUGACCAGGGGAGAGCCUCCCCUCUACCACCUUCGAGAAGUAGAAGCUCAGAUAUACAGAGAUGCGAAGGAGUGCCUAAAUCUUCUGUCAAACAGAUUGGGAACAUCCCAGUUUUUCUUUGGAGAUAUGCCUUCCACUUUGGAUGCCUAUGUGUUUGGUUUUCUCGCACCUCUUUAUAAAGUACGUUUUCCUAAAGUUCAGUUACAAGAACAUUUGAAGCAGCUCUCCAACCUCUGUCGCUUUUGUGAUGACAUCCUAAACAGUUAUUUUAGGGUUAGUCUUGGAGGCAUCUCUCCUGCUGGACAAGAAACGGUAGAUGCAAAUCUGCAGAAACUGACACAACUUGUAAAUAAGGAAUCCAACUUGAUUGAAAAGAUGGAUGACAAUCUUCGCCAAAGCCCUCAGCUUCCUCCUCGGAAACUGCCAACACUUAAAUUGACUCCAGCAGAAGAAGAAAGUAAUUCCUUACAACGGCUAUCACCCUGACCAUCAUCAUGCUUUGUGUCCAACGUCAUGUAGUUGUUGCAGCAAUCUCUUACACUAAGUGUGUGAAGGGCAAAAAGAAAAUGCUAAAAAUAGGUAGAAGGAAGACUCUAAAACAAAAGAAACUUUCUGUGACAGCAAUUUUUUUUCAUUAGGAAGCUUCUGUUUUAGCUUGGCAAUGCACUUUAAAUAACAGCGUGAAUGCUAAAUGAACUUGGCAGGGAGGGGGGAGAAAAUACAUUGUACUGUAUAUAAAAACCUGCCUUAACCUUGGCAGAUUUUUGCCUUUGGUUCACUUGUUGCUGGCCCAAAGCUCCACUUCUGUUCUGAAUGUGCAUACUUAAUUUAUUCAAGUUAAUUUAUUAAUUUAGUAUCCUUAGACCAGUCUGAAUAUUUAAUAUGUGGCUCUUUGCCUAAGGCCUUUUCUCUUCUGUUUAGAAAUCUGAUACCUCUUUUAGACACCAGGAAAAAUAUAUUAUUCUAAUAUUCUCUUUAAUAGAAAAGCUGUAUUUAAUGUUAAAAAACAACAAGGAAUGUGUUUCUUAAUUAUCUCACAAGUCUAACCUUUGGGGGAGUUAGUACCACACAUGUAAAUAUUAAAGGUGGUAACAUACAAUAUUCGUCUGACUAUAUGCACUUCAAUAUAACAGUAUUUGCUGAUGUGUUCAGUAUAGGUUAGCAAGGGCUGUUUUAAUUUACUGAAGCUUCAGGCCUGUGUAUUUGUAGUACAUCUUUAAAACUAGUCAUCUCUUUCUUGGGUUGAUUUCAGGAGAGCUGAGUGUUAGCAUCGCUUUUAUGUCAGGCUGUAAGUCUUACAACACUCACCCAAUUGUCAGACACUACUCAGGAGCAGCCCACCGCCGCAGCUGGAAGCACCUACUGUGUACCUGGCCCAAGGUCACCAUGCCUGGCUCAGACCAGUGUUCUUUCCUAAGAAACAUCCCAUGUGGUCAGAAGCUUUAUGACAACUAAUUAUUUUCCAUAGAGCUUAACUACAAUUGAAGGAUUCUUUGGAAUAAUCGGAAAUAGAUUUUAAGGAACAUUUUCCAUUUAUUGGUUGCUGAACUAUUAAAAGAUUUGCUGUGUGGCAAGAUUUACUUAGAAUCUUGCUUAUUUUAGUGGCUGAGGUGCUUCUGCCGUCUUAAAACCACUUCUGGGGUUUUUUAAAUACAGGACCAUGUUUUUGAUUAGUGUCUUAAAAGAUUACUAUGGUGCUCAGCAAAUCUUAUGUCAUCCUGCUGAAACCCCCAUGUUAGGAAAACAGGUUUGGAGUCAGCAGACUCGUCUAAUUUGAGCUGAGUGGGGCUCAGCAGUGUUUGACCUGCAUCUUCUCAAUUUGUUCUGUAUUAGGUGGCUCUUUAUAUAGGAGUCUUUAAGUCAUCAUAAACAUUUUUUUCUUGAAAGUUUUAAUGAGAAACAAAGUAAUCUUCAAGGUCUUGGGUGUCUAUUUGGAUACACUGAGAGAAAGUCACUCAUCUGUUUUACAUUACUUCUGCAACAGGUGGGAGAGUGGGUGGGGGUGGGGUGUGUGUGUUUUAUGUUAUUAGUCUUCUGUUAGAUUCCAGCAGUCAGAAAUCUGUAGAGAGGGGGUAGGGGGUGUGUGUGUGGGUGUGGUGGUCAGUGUUAGUCUUCUGUUAGAUUCCAACAGUUGGAAAUCUGUAUGAAUAUUCUAUGUUGGAAAUCAUGACUAUAGGAUUUUAUUAUCCUCUGGGAUUAAUGUAUACUGAAGAAGGGUGGUUAGCACAUUAAUCAGACAUCUGUUUAUGCUUUAGUCAGGGUUAGUCAUUUUCAAUUAUGAUUUCAAAAAGCAUUUGAAGUGACUUACAAUUGUUAAACAUAUGUAAAAUAGGACAGUUAAAAUUGGGUUUUGGAAAAAUAAAAAGUUUGUAGGAGAAAGAACUAUACUAACCCAACCCUAACUGUACUAACUCUAAAAUUGAAUGGUAAAUUUAACUCCCAAGUUUCCCCAUGGACAAAAUAAAAGAAUAAUACGGGGUUAUGUAAAGUUUUCUAUCAAUAAAGUGACUGAUGUCCAUGAGUAAGAAAAAUGUGUUUCCAUUUUUAUAAGAAUGUGGGGUAUUGUGUUCUUAUGACACAAAGAUGCAGCCAAUAAGCAUACUGUAAUGUUUGAUGUGUUGAAAGUUGAAUUAAAAGGUAUUCUGGAAUAGCAAGUUUUGUCCUUUUUUUUUAGUAGAAAAGAUGACUGUAAAUAUGAUUUUAUUUCCUUUCAGUCAUUCCUGCUUUGUUUGAACUGCCUUUAGCUGUAUGCCAUAUAGACCAUGAUACUUGCAGACUAUCUUUGCUAAGAGGCAAAGUAUGAGUUAGAUAAGUGAGAAUUUAUAUGCUGGGUUACUUAGUUGUGCUUUUUUGGUAAAAGCUAAUGAGAUGCUAGGAAGCUAUCACUGAGCACAAACCACUCCAGGCAUCAGCCGCAUAUAUAGGAAGCUUUUGGAGAGGAACAACUUUCAGGACUCGACAGAGAGCUUGUGAUCAACCUGUCAGAAUAUGCUUUGGAUAAAGUUUGAGUUUGCUGAGAUAAAUGAUCCACAAUCUUAAAACACUGUGGUAGAGGAUAAUAUGAUAAAAAGGACUGUGUUGGUGUUUAUGUUUCUUGGCAGUAUAGGAUGAGAAAAUUGGUCAGAUAAUUGCCAUAAGAUAAAGAUCUUUCAUCCGCAAACUGUCAUCGUUUAUCCACAAGGCUGACCAUUUUCAUAACACCAAAGAAACUGCAAAAGACCUUUAAGGAUAGUCAUUCCUACACAAUGUUUUUUUCCCCAAAAAGUUUGGCACUGGCAAAUGAAUCAAAUUUCAACCUAGAUAUGUUUAUUUUUUGAAUGAUAGAGAUUUUACAUUAAGUCCAAAGAAUUUUGAUUUCCAUUUGUAAUUUGUUCAUUUAAUAUGGCAAGAUAUAUUAACUUAAAAGAAUGGGAAAACUUAUUUCAAUCAGAGCUAAGUUACAGUUCUCAGAAGUCUACAAAAAUGGAAAAAACUAGACAUCGAAAGAGGCAGAAAUUGGUAACAGUGAUAGUAUCUCAGAAAACCAAUUUUUAAAGGUAGUAUUAUGUGAUAAAAGUGGCAUUUGAAGUCAGUAGUAUGUUUUCUUAGAGCCUCUUCCAGGAAUAGUCAUUUACCAGGUUAUUAGAUUUUUUCAUCAACUGUUUAUUUUCUCAUAAUCCGUCAAAAAUUGUAUUCCUCUAAAACCAAAAUAUAAAUGCAGUAAAGACAAGAAGCUGAGGGAUGGUUACAUAGACUCUCUCUGUACUAUUUUUGCAACUUCUUUUUGUGAGUCUGUAAUUAUUUCAGAAUAAAAGGAUUUUAAAAGUAAAUUCAAUAGAGUGAAUUUAUCUUUAGAUAAACUAUGAUUUACAAUUUAAAGCUUCAGAUAUAGUAUUCAGUAUUCAGUUCCAGAUGAAUAAAUGCAUAAUAUAAAUUAAAUAUAAUUUCAUUCCGAGUUUAAAGACAAAAACAAACUCAACUUUAUAACAUAUGAUUAUCUGAAGAUUUGGUUUGCCUUAUCAGCAAAGAAAAAACAAGCUAAAACCAAGAACCCCUUUUCCUAAGAUAUAAAAAAUUCUAUGAUCUUAUAUAUCUUUUCUCCCUAUGGUACCUGGGUUUAAAAUACUUUGAAGAAAGCUCCUCCAUGUCUCUGUGUCGUAAUUUUCCAUGUCUCCGUUUGGUAACCCUUCUUUAUUUUGAAGGUGUUCUUGCCAACAACACUGGGACCAUGCUUUGAUGAACAAAGUGUAGAGUGUGUCUCUGUUUUUUGUUUUAGGCUUACAGGGAUUUAGUGAUUGCCUUUGUCUUGGUUUAGUUAUUUAUCUAAUUGAAAUCCUGAGCAGAGCCACAUAGCCUAUUUGAGUUGUAAUGAUGGUAUUCUGUAUAUGUUGUUGGCAUUCAGAAUUAUUUUUUGCCUUUUCUCUUGUUCAGCUCUGUAAUUUGCAUUUACUUUUCAGCAUUUUCAUAUUUCCUAAGAAACUAGAUUAUUAAGAAAUUUGUUAAUUAUGUGAGUCAAAAGUCAGUAAUCCUAGUCUCAAAGGUUUAACUGAAGCGUAAUUAAAUGUUCAAAAUGCUGAUUUUCAUAGAGACAUAAGAGUAAUUUGCUUUUUUUAAAGCAUUUGUAAAAUUAUUUAUCCCAAAACUCAUGUUGGGAAAUAAUGUUUGUUUAAAGCCCAUAUUACCUGCCCUAGACUUAAAAUUAUUGUGAUUGAGGUGGAGAGGUAUUCUCAAAAUCAGAAAGCAUACAAAAAUUUUCUGUCCUGAUGAGGAGGCCAGUGAUUACUGAUGAGAGCUAACAUUCUUGAACAAUGAUAUAACAAAUGGUUACUUUGAGUUGGAUGUUUAUAGAGAGUGAAAUGUUAUAAUAAAAGACUGUUCAAAGCAAAACAAAACAGUUCCUUUUAAAAAUGCAGGAAAGUAAGUGUUUUUAUAGCCUCAUUAUUCUUAAUUUGAAAUUAUAUUGUAAGAUUUUUUUAAAAACUCUAUUCUAGUUUUUUGGAGAAGCAGUUCAAGAUAUACUUUGGCAGAAUAUAUUGUUAUUGUAUGAAUCGAGAGGUCUUUGGCCAAAUAGGUUUGGGAAAUUCUGGGUUAGACAAAGUGAAGUUACUGUAGGCUUCUCAGAACCUUCGAUGUGCUGUUGGUGGUUUCAAACUCCAAUGAGGACCUGUAUUUUACACACCAUUUUCCUAUUUUUAUGUGGAUUUUUUUUAAAGUGAGUAUCAUGCGGGAUUUGUGUUCUGAGAAAUACGCUUAGAGAAAUGCUGCCUUGUGAGUGUUUCAGCUUGUUUGUGCUCAUUGCAAAGGCUUCCAGCUGUUGGCUGCCUGUCUAGGGAGUGGUGGGAAGGUGGGAGGAGACAGGUUAGGACUCCCUUGGACCAUGGAGUUGACUGAGAAGUGGCUUUGGGUUUCAAUAGGUUGCUGUUUAGGCCCCUGUGAGGCCUGUGGUCAGUCCAGUCACUUUCCCUGGAAUCCCAGUUAGCUUGGAACAGCUGCACAGGGGUGUGAACUGGUGGUUUCAGAGAACCAGCCACUUAGGCGUCUACAAGACAGGGGGAACCAACUUGGGAAUCCAGAACAAAUUUCCAAACUGAUUUUGGCUGUGCUUUAAAAGUACCAAAAAGGCAAUGAGUAUUUAUAGCAUUAAAGUCACAUACGAGCUGGUUAUUUUAUACAUAUAUAUAUAUAUAUAUAUAUAUAUAUAUAUGCAUACACACAGAGUGUCAUAGACAGUCUACAGUUGCUUCAGUGACAAAAGCAAAGGAAAUUUAAUAUUUUCAAGUUCUGUUAAGACAUCGUCUAGACAAGGAUUGCAUGUUCGUGUAUGCUUUUUGUAGGAUGAGCAUUUACAGUUUUUGUUCUGAGCAGUUUCUGUAUUCCCCCCCCCAGUUUAAGCCUCACUAGACCUUAGAGGACUAAAUAUGUUUGAUUUCAUCUCAGAGUACAAAAUCAGUCUACGCAUCGUAAGGAGGCUCUUUGUUUUCUGCAGUGUAUAUGGUUUAGAACUCCGUGCUUUGGAUAUGAAUUUGAUAGAAAUCCUGCCUUUGGAUUUGAGUUGUGGUGUAAUGGUGGAUAUCUAUCCAUGUGCAAAGCAGUUGGAUCUUUGUUCUGAUUCUUUGGAUUUCCUCAUGCAAAUUCAGAAAAAUGCCUUUUAAUCAUUGAGUUUAGUGCUCGCUUCAGCAGCACAUAUACUAAUCAUUGAGUUUACAUAUCCAAGAUCCUUGGAAGUCUAGAAAAAAUGACUUGCCAGAGUUUGCAUCAGUCCUGAGUAAGUCAUGCAGAGUAGAGAAGGCUGUGUGCUGGCCAUCCAUUCUUUGGCCUGUUGGCUGCCUGUCUUGCAGGGCUGGCAUCUGUAUUUCUUGGAGAAGGAUCGGUGUAUUCAAGCUUUUGUGUUAAUUGCAUAAAGAUGAGCUUUAUUCUUCUUCUGACUUGGUGUUUUAUUUUGUAAAAUAGGAAAUAAUGUCUUCUCAUUUUUCUGCUCACUCUGAAGUGGAAAUUUGAGGUAUUUGUAAUGUAACUUCAUCUUUCUGAAAGACUGAUAGCAAAGAAGACAAGAAAUUUAUGUAUACUUAUAUUGGUUUUGUUCCACCAAGCUUAUCUUUGAAUGGCAAACAUUUGAAACAUCUGUUCUAGUGUACAACUACUAUAGUUUUGUUAUUAACAAACUUAAGCAUUGUUUGUCAUAGUUUCAAUAUUAUAGCCUUGCCUAUUGUGAAUAUAUUUUGCUCAGAGAUUAUGUACAAAUACCCGGAAGUGGUGAUGAUGAUCAAUGUUGUAAAGAAUUUAUUCUAAUACACGAGAAACUGGAUAUUAUGUCAAAAUAGCUAUUUUCAAAAUAAAAUCUCAAGUUGCUUGAAUGUUUA